UUGUCUUUAUUGUGGGUCUACUUCCUCGACAAAAAAGUAAACAUGCCACGACGUAAAAAGCCAGUAAAUAGAGAAGAUAUGUUAAGAAAAAAACGAUUAGCGGAACAAAAAAGGCGCAACAAAAUAAAGUCUAACCCUGAGCUAUACAAAGAAUACUUAGAAAAAGAAAAAGCUCGCUAUAUCAAAAGAAAGGAUACUAAAACAAAUUGUACCAAUUAA